AAUGAACUUUAACUAAAUAGAAUACCAUGCUAAAAAUCAAUCUUGACCAAAUUUAUUUUGGCAUUCAUCACAUUAUGGUUAAGUUUUUCUCUCAUAAUAAAUAGAAGAUAGGGAUUGCAAUUCCUAUUUAAAUAUCACAAUUUACUAUUUAAUCAUAAUGAUUAUAAGCUAACCCAGAAAUACUUCAUUAUUUAAUAAAAUAAUUGGUGAAAAAUGAUGAAAUGACAGAAUUUAAUAAUAUUUUAAAGCCUUUCCUAUUAAAUAUUCUUGGUUAAUUAAUAAUGUUAUGCGGAAAAUUCUGCGAGAG